UCUCCACAUGUGGGGUGUGUGCUCGACGAUCGCAGCAGCAGCACCGCAAACCCAGUAGCACUCUUAAUCGUCUGCCUCUACGCAGAUCAGCGAUCAGCGAAUCGACCAUCGAUCGACGGAGCGUUUUGUUUUCGUGUGUUGAGUGUUGAGUGUGGCUUUAGUGACAUUUUAAAUUCGAGAGUUUUGGUCCGCUUGAAGACCAUGAAGUUGCCCAGAGGCCGCACGGGUCUCUCGGGUCCAGCAGUAUGGAGCGCGUUCUUGCUGAUCGCGUGCGUCCUCUCCAUGACGGAGGCAAAGGAGUGCAAUACAACGCUAUGUGAUUGCAAGGGCAUCAAAGGACGCAUGGGUGCCAUCGGCUCCAUUGGUGUUGUUGGACGUGAAGGCGAGCCAGGUCCGGUGGGAGAUCCCGGACCACAAGGAAAGUAUGGCGAGAAAGGCGAUGCCGGCGAGUAUGGUGAACAAGGCGAAAAAGGACAUCGUGGUGACGCCGGCUUACCGGGUUUUACGGGUCCUCCUGGCCAACGCGGCAUUCCCGGAGAGGAGGGAACGGAUGGACCCCGUGGAAUCGAUGGCUGUGAUGGUCGCCCUGGCGCACAAGGUACUCCUGGAACGCCUGGUGAAAAUGGCAAACGAGGCCAAAUGGGUAAGCCAGGCGCACCAGGUCCUGCUGGCGAUGCAGGUGAAGGUGGCAUCAACUCAAAGGGCACCAAAGGUAGUCGGGGUGAGCGCGGAAUUGAUGGUAUCGAUGGGCAAGCAGGGUUCCGAGGCGCACGCGGCCACAAAGGUGACAUCGGAAAUGCGGGUUUUCAAGGACCGAAAGGCGAACAAGGCCCCAAGGGAUUUAAAGGUGAAAUGGCCGUUGCUGAGAAUGUACCUUUCCAACUAGCUGGUGAACGAGGUGACAAAGGCGAACCAGCAGACAGCGAAACGACAGAAUUUACAUUCAGCGAUGCCAAAAAGGGUUACAAGGGUUCUACUGGACCAGUUGGUGACAAAGGCUUACCCGGUAUUUAUGGAGAGCCAGGACCUUUUGGAAAUGAUGGUCUUCCAGGACCAAGAGGUGACACUGGUGAGCCUGGAGAGCGCGGAAAGCCUGGCAAGCUUGGUGAGCCCGGUGCACCUGGUGAAAAGGGUGUUAAGGGUGCCCCAGGUUACAAUGGACUGAAUGGCGAGGAUGGUUUACCAGGAGCUCGUGGAGAAGAUGGAUUUAAUGGCAUGCCUGGUAUACAAGGCCCUGUCGGUCCUAAAGGAGCAUACGAUCCCAAUUUGGAUAUUUCACUGCCAGGUCCGCAAGGACCCCAGGGUGAUAUCGGCCCUAUUGGUAACCCUGGCUUAAGUGGCAUACCUGGCAAGCCAGGACGACGAGGAGUGCAGGGCCCACCUGGUCCUCCUGGAGAUAUUGGUCUGGAUGGAAAUCUUGGACGUCAGGGGCUAAGUAUUAAAGGAGAUGAAGGAGAUUAUGGAUUACGGGGCCCACCUGGUCCCCAAGGUGCCCCCGGAAUACCUGGACCGAUUGGCCGCCCUGGCCUUCGAGGUGAUCCUGGCAUUGAUUUGAUUGGACCUAAGGGCUUACCUGGGCAAAAUGGAGUACCCGGAACGAACGGCUAUCGUGGUGAUCGAGGUGAUGUCGGUCUACCAGGUGAUAAAGGUUUGCCUGGAGAAGGCUUCAAUAUAGUGGGCCCCCCUGGUUCUCAGGGUCCACCCGGCAAACGUGGAUUCCCCGGAGACGAUGGUCUUCCUGGGCAAAGAGGUUGGCCUGGCGAUAAAGGUAUACGAGGUGACGACUGUGGCUAUUGUAGCGCAGGGCCUAUAGGCCUAAAGGGUCUCAUAGGAGACGCUGGAUUCCCGGGCCAGCACGGUGCUCGAGGGCUUCGUGGUCUUACUGGACCACGAGGACCCAAGGGAGAAAGAGGUAGGCCUGGUCCUCGUGGUUACAAGGGUAUGCCAGGACAACCCGGUAUUCCUGGUGAUCCAGGUCGACUGGGUCUUCCUGGAACUCCUGGUAUUGUAAUACAAGAAGGUAGUAGAAAAGAACCCGAAAGAGGCGAUGACGGCGAUAACGGUCGUCGUGGUGAACAAGGAGCACCUGGAGAUCGUGGUGUAAAUGGCUUCGACGGAAUUGUUGGAGCUAAAGGUGAACCUGGAUUACGUGGAGACUACGGUGAUACAGGAAGACCUGGCCGCGAUGGUGCACCUGGCUAUGCAGGACGUAACGGAACACCUGGACGAGCAGCGUCAACUCCAAAAAUAUACCUAAUAGGAGAACCCGGAUACAAUGGACGAAAAGGUGAGCCAGGCGAUUUCGGAAACACAGGCUUGAAGGGUGACAAGGGUGAACCCCAUCCCGGAGAAGUUUAUGACAAUAGGGGUGAACCUGGGGAGCCUGGUGAACCUGGCCUACCAGGCUUUAGAGGACCGAAGGGUCAGCAGGGAGAACCUGGCUUAAACGGCGAGAUCGGAGAUAUUGGCCCUCAAGGAAUUGUCAUUCCAGGACCAGUGGGAGCAAAGGGCUAUCCUGGAGCAACCGGAGAUUUCGGACAGCAUGGUGUGGAUGGAUUGCCAGGCAAAGAUGGUGAGCGAGGGAUGCCCGGUCUGCCUGGAAACAAAGGACAACGUGGUGAACCUGGACAGUAUAUAUUAUUUGGAGAAACUGGCAUUGCGGGCAGACCUGGUAUCAAGGGAAUAAUUGGUGAUACAGGAUUUGCCGGUUUCCCAGGAUCUGCUGGCAGACCCGGACCAAAGGGAAUAAAGGGUGAAAAGGGCAAUGAUGGACCCUAUGGACAAACAGGUCUUCCGGGUAAUAAGGGGCAACGUGGUGACUACCUUGUCGGUCCCAUUGGUGUGGUAGGUGCACCGGGUCGUGACGGAAGAGCAGCACCGCAUGGUAUUAAGGGCCAAAAAGGUGAAGUUGGUUUUCCUGGGCAAGUUGGCCAGAAAGGAGCUAAGGGUAGCAUUGGUCUUACUGGCCGCCGAGGAGAGGUCGGUGACCCAGGACCUCCAGGUGUAAUCGGAAAUCAAGGAAUAUCUGGUUUAGGUGGCAUUCCUGGAGAUCAAGGUGACCGUGGCGACAUUGGAGCCGAUGGACGCAUGGGAGAUAUCGGUAAACGAGGAGCACCUGGAGAAGUAGGACUUAAAGGUAUUACUGGCGAUGCUGGUCCAUUCGGCUAUCCUGGUGCACCAGGAGUGCCCGGACGCAAGGGAGUACCAGGUGAUGAAGGUUAUCCAGGUCGUCGUGGUCCCAAAGGUGUUUCUGCUUACAGCGGAAUUAAAGGAGAGGCUGGCGAUAUAGGUCACAAUGGGCCACCUGGCUAUAACGGUGCUCCUGGUGCUAAGGGUGAACGUGGUUUGCCUGGAGAUUCACCUAUUGCGGUUGACGGUCUUCAAGGCUACAAGGGCGAAACUGGCAUUCCUGGACGCCCUGGUUUGCCUGGUCUCCAUGGACUUAAGGGCCAACCGGGAGACUAUGGAUUGGACGGUUAUCCUGGCGAGGUUGGUGACCAAGGUGAUGCUGGCUUGCAUGGUUACCCUGGACGCAGUGGGGCACCUGGAAGAAAAGGAGAAUCUGGACCUGUUGGAGCACCAGGAUUUAUCGGUCAAAAAGGAGAUGCUGGUGACGUCGGUUUUAUUGGUGCAGUAGGACCGAUGGGGGAUCAAGGAGAUCAGGGUCCAACCGGCGCUAUUGGUCUCAAGGGAGAACAGGGAGAUGAAGGUGAACCUGGUCUGCCUGGUAUUCUGCUUCGAGGUGAUCGAAUUGUUCACGGUCUAAGAGGUGACCGAGGUCCUCAGGGUAACCAGGGUCCUCCGGGUCAGAAGGGUUAUAAGGGCGCAGCCGGAUAUCCUGGUCGCAAAGGAGACCGUGGUGAUAUUGGCUACGCCGGAUUAGCGGGCAUUGAUGGUCUACCAGGAGCUGCUGGACUGCCCGGUGACAAAGGCCGCAGAGGUCCAGAUGGUUCGUCUAAUCAAUACGCAGAGCGUGGUGAUGAGGGCGAUAUUGGCUAUGAUGGCUUGCCUGGACGUCCAGGUCGUGUUGGCCAAAAGGGUGCACCUGGUGAACAGGGCGAGUACGGCUUAAAUGGACAGAUAGGAAGGACUGGUCCAGUACUUGUAGGACCACCCGGUCCUCCUGGUGAUGCCGGUUAUCCAGGCCCACCUGGUAGAAAUGGCCUACAUGGACAACCUGGACUCAAAGGCACACGUGGUGACACUGGAUACCAAGGACAACAAGGUGAAGCUGGUUAUGCCAUCCAUGGUAUGCAAGGUGAUGUCGGUGAUGUGGGAUAUCAAGGCGCUCCUGGCUAUGACGGACGUAAAGGAGAGCAGGGCAUUAGCGGACGACCAGGACGAAUGGGUCUUAUUGGACUCCGCGGACCACGUGGACCAACUGGUGAUGCCGGAUGGAGUGGUAUAGAUGGCUUGGAUGGUUUGGAAGGCGAGAAGGGUGAAGCCGGUGUGACUUUCUCAUUCACAUAUGCACGCCAGGGCGAUCGUGGUGAACCUGGUUUGGAUGGAUUUAAGGGUGAGAUAGGCGAUAUAGGAGAGCCUGGCUUAAGCGGAGCUGUCGGCUUCCGCGGCGCGCAAGGUUAUCAGGGCGACGUUGGAGAAGUCGGAUAUCAGGGACAAGAUGGUGCUCAAGGACAACGUGGUGAUGUGGGUGAUAUUGGCUUGACUGGUCGUCCUGGAUUGCGUGGACUUCCAGGCCCGCAAGGUGACCCAGCGCCCCCAGCUCCACCACCAAAGAGUCGUGGCUUCAUUUUCGCGCGCCACUCCCAGUCGGUUCGUAUACCACAGUGCCCAGCUAAUACAAACAUGUUGUGGGAAGGAUAUUCACUGUCCGGCAAUGUUGCUAGCAGUCGCGCCUUUGGUCAGGACCUGGGUCAAUCCGGCUCGUGCCUAAUGCGCUUUACCACAAUGCCUUAUAUGUUCUGCGAUGUUAACAAUGUGUGUAACUAUGCGCAAAAUAAUGACGAUAGCUUGUGGCUAUCGACAGCUGAGCCCAUGCCCAUGACUAUGACUCCCAUCGAUUCUAGAGACCUCAUCAAAUACAUCUCACGUUGCGUUGUCUGUGAAACUUCAACUAGAAUUAUUGCACUGCAUUCUCAGUCCAUGUCAAUACCCGAUUGUCCUGGUGGCUGGGAGGAAAUGUGGACUGGAUACAGCUACUACAUGACCACAACGGAUAAUACAGGUGGCAUAGGACAAAACCUUGUCUCUCCUGGAUCGUGCUUGGAGGAGUUCCGCGCUAACCCUGUCAUUGAGUGCCACGGCCAUGGUCGUUGUAACUAUUAUGAUGCCUUAGCCUCGUUCUGGUUAGCUGUGAUCGAACAGCAAGACCAGUUUUUGCAGCCACGUCAGCAGACCCUUAAGGCUGAUCAGACCAGCAAGAUAAGCAGGUGUACUGUGUGCCGUCGACGUGGAGACUCCUUCAUUACCCGCACUCAAGGACAGGCUCGUAGCUGGCAGGUCCGUCAGCAAUCGGCACCAUCUUCUUCUUGGCCUGGCGGUUAUGCUGCCACCCAAUUCCGUAGCGAAGCGGAGCGCGUGGUGCCGGCUCCCCCACAAGUGGUACGUCGACCACCUCCGGCUAAUUACUAUAACCGGUACAAUUACCGAGGUUCCAAUCCCUUGAACUAUCAGCAGAACGGCGUGCAACGCCAAUACCGCCGACGUCCUCGCGAGGACACAUACGCACCCUAAAAUUCAGUUUGGUUCAGUUCAGCUUACGUACUAAGUAGAAAGUAAAUAAGUUUUAAGUCUAUCAUCUCGCCACCGCUCUAUUUUCAAAACAAUAUUUCUGCCCAGUGUCAUUUGUUCGUAUAAAAAGAAACCUAAUUAUGUGCAAAACAAAAUAUACUUAUAAUAAUGUUCUAAACAACAGCAAACAAAUGCAAAAAACCAAAAAAACAAUCCCACUGCCUCGAUUUGCAAUAAAAAUCUUGUCUUUGUAGGACUUUAUAACGAAACUAUCGAAAACCAAUUCAGUUUUUGGUUGAUUAAUAAAAUGUACACAAAUUAAAAAUAA